CCAUAACUAACUAGGGUACCACCGGCUGGAAAAUCACACCCACAUCCCGUUUUAAUGUCCUUCAUCUCUAAGGUUCACAGCUUCUCCGGCGACUUGCAAACUCCACCUUCAACCACCCUACCAAUGUGGUAUGAUGACACUACUUCAUCUGGUUACUUUGACAAGUAUGGGAUCACAAUGCCUCCGGAAUAUGACAUCAGUACUACACCGUUAUCUAGAUCUUCAUCAUGGAAGACUUCAUUCCCGGAGCGAUUCGGGGUUUCCGAGAUGGUGGUUCCUACAUCACCCACUGGAUUCAGUAGCAUUCCUGUAGAAGCUGACUAUCAAAAAGUUGAGCAUGAUGAUUAUUUUUGUAGUAGUGGUGGCUAUGGUACCAACUCAUGGUCAACUUAUAAUCCCACUGCUGCAACUACUAAUUGGGAAACUGAGAGCCCGAAAACAAUUAAAGAAGUCGAAGAACCGGCUUUGAAGAUCGGGAGGUAUUCAGCCGAAGAAAGGAAGGACAAGAUCAUGAGGUAUCUCAAGAAGAGAAACCAAAGAAAUUUCAACAAGACGAUUAAGUAUGAAUGCCGAAAGACGUUAGCAGACAAGCGUAUACGAGUCCGAGGGAGGUUUGCUAAGAACAACAACGAGCAUCAUCAUCAUCAUCAUAAUGAUCAUCAACCUUGUGAAGAUCAAGUGCUUCCCAGCAACAACACUGCCAAUAAUCCUUCCGAAGAAGAGAUUCAGCACCUAUACACCAACAGCUUUUUGAUGAAGCAAGAUUAUGAUGAAGAGGAAGAAUGGCUGCAAGAAGCAAUGGCUAGUUUAUUGUAUUAGUUAGUUAAUUCAUUGUCAAUUAAUCUUAUUUCAUCCAUAUAAUUAUAUCUUUGGUGUAUAUUCAUUAUGGUUUCUGGCAAUCAAUAUUAAACAGUCCAAAAUUUUCCCAUCA